CAAAGGUAACUGUAGGGCUUAACGCACAUCUGACCCUACAAGCUACUGUUAGUCGACUUCCGACAACUGCAAUGCUCAUUGUUACACGUGUAGUAUGAAAACACAAAUCAAUUUUGACGGGUAAAUAUACAACAAAUUGCUAUCUUGGUAACAUUUAUCCACAAUCUGUCAUUUGAAUGUUAACUUAUUAAUAUUUGAACUUUAAUGUUUUUGAAUAAGUUCCCAUACACCUAGGCUUUCGUCGCUGGAGGUUAGACAUCCAGGUAAUAAGACGCCAGAAAGCAGUUACUCAACAGUCACGUCUUACCGGUUCCAUAAUCAUAUCCAAUGGAUUAACUGCUUUUUGGCGUACCCAGUCUUUCAGCGUGAAACAUAUAAUAGCACAACGUACGCUAACAUAACCUAUUCGUAUACGGUCCUUCGGGAGAGUUGAAAGUAAUGGGAUAACGUCAUAAUUGAACAUGUCCGACGGUGGGUUGCCCUUUGCUUGACCUAUUUUCUUUCCGAGCCUGGACGGACGGUACAAAUUCCAAAAGGUUAUCUCCUACUAAAGCUGCUGAUUACACCACUCUUCAGAAUUGUUUUCAAGACACUGCACCAACAUGUCGCAGACUAAGACCGCUCUUGUCACUGGAGGCACCCGAGGAAUUGGCUACGGUGUAGCCGAGGAGCUCGCCUCCGCCGGUUAUCACCUUAUUCUGGGGUACCGACAGAACCAGGCCCGUGCCGAAGACGCCAAGACGCACCUAGAGGGGACGUACGCGGUACGCGUGUUCCUGGUGAAGGGUGAGGCAGGAGAGGAAUCCACGGUGGACGCUUUCUUCUCCUGUAUCGAGGAGAAUUUUGGCGGCAAGCUGACAGCGCUGGUCCACAAUGCUGGUGCUUACUGGCAGAACCGCGCACACAACAAACCCGACGCCAAUGGAAGCUGGUUCCAGGGGUGGGAGGCGUACGAAUUCUUCCAGGGCAUGUACCCGAAAUGUUUCAUCAGGCUCGUGGAAAAGGCUGUCACCUGUAUGGAGGACGAGCGAGGGUACAUUGUCGCCGUGUCUUCCCCCGGAUGCAACAACUCCCGUGGCCCUGUCUUGGCCUACAUCACCCCAGGUACGGGGAAGGCAAGUGUGGAGUACCUCGUCAGGCACUACGCCAAGCAGCUGGCGCCCAGGCGGAUCACCUGUAACGUCGUCAUCCCUGGCUUCACCAAGACCGAGGCCUGGGACCCGGUCGUGAAGGAGUUAGGAGCGGAGCAGGUAGACGCUUUCAUCGGUUCGUGCGGUAUGAAACGCUGGGCUACCCCCCGUGAAGUCGGCGGUGUGGUGUCGUUCCUGUGUUCGGAGAAGGCGGCAUUCAUCACCGGCGCGUCACUGCCCAUAGACGGCGGAGUUCACCUCAAGUAAACAUGAUCAUGCCAAACAACCUGCUAGAUGGUAGGGGAUAGAACUGUCGAGUGUAGGUCAACUU